UGCGCAUUGUUUUGGGCGUAAGUGAGGUUAGUGGAUUGAGCUGGUUACGUAGCGCUCCUGAGAGAGGAGCCGGCCAGCGCUCGGAGGAGCAGGCCGACACCGCCGCCAUGGAGGCGAAGCCCAGCGAGCUGCUGCUCUGCGACAGCCUCAUGCUCUGGUUGCAGACAUUUAAUACUUCUGGACCCUGCAAAGAUGUUCAAGACUUGACAAAUGGUGUUGCAAUGGCACAAGUACUUCAUCAAAUAGAUGUUGCCUGGUUUGAUGAAUCAUGGCUAAGCCGUAUUAAAGAAGAUGUUGGUGACAACUGGAGAAUAAAGGCCAGUAAUCUGAAAAAGGUUCUGCAAGGAAUUAUGGACUACUAUCAUGAGUUUUUAGGUCAGCAGAUUUCAGAAGAACUUGUUCCUGACUUAAAUCAGAUAUCUGAACAUUCAGAUCCUACAGAGCUGGGCAGGUUACUGCAGCUUAUUUUAGGUUGUGCAGUCAACUGUGAAAAGAAACAAGAACAUAUACAAAAUAUAAUGACCCUAGAAGAGUCUGUUCAACAUGUUGUUAUGGCUGCUAUUCAAGAGCUCAUGAGCAAGGAAAUACUGAGUUCUGUCACAAGUGAUACAUCUGGUGAAAUGGAGCAACAGAUGAAAAGAGCCUUUGAAGACCUUCAAGAAGCACUAGCAGAAAAAGAAGAACUGAAGCAAAGAUGUCAAGAACUAGACCUGCAGGUGGCUGCCCUUCAAGAUGAAAAAAACAGCUUGAUGUCUGAAAAUGAGGUCAUGAAUGACAGAUUAGACCAGUUAGAUGGCUCUCUUGAUGAUCCAAAUACUGUUGUUGCAAAAAAGUAUUUCCAUGCACAGCUGCAGCUAGAACAACUGCAGGAAGAAAACUUCAGGCUUGAAGCUGCAAAGGAUGAUUAUCGUGUUCACUGUGAAGAUCUGGAGAAACAACUGAUUGAGCUGCAACAUAGAAAUGAUGAGUUGACCUGUUUGGCAGAAGAAUCUAGGGCCCUAAAAGAUGAAAUUGACGUUCUUAGAACUUUUGCAGAUAAGGCAAGUAAACUGGAGUCAACAGUUGAAGUGUAUCGUAAAAAACUGGAGGACUUGAAUGACUUCCGCCGACAGGUGAAGUCUCUGCAAGACACCAACAUGAUGUAUAUGCAUAAUACAGUCAGCCUAGAGGAAGAGCUAAAGAAGGCAAAUGCAGCACGUGCUCAGCUGGAAACAUACAAAAGGCAGGUCCAGGAGCUUCAUAACAGACUUUCAGAGGAGUCCAAAAGAGCUGAUACAUUAGCAUUUGAAUUGAAGCGACUGGAAGAAAAGAAUGAAGCUUUAUUCAAAGAAAAAGAGAGACUUAUAGUACAGCGUGAUGCUCUGAAAGAAACGAAUGAAGAGCUCCGGUGUUCUCAGAUGCAACAGGAUCACCUGACUCAAGCAGAUGCAUCUGCUGUAAAAAGUCAUGAGAAUCUUGCUGCUGAAAUUCUACCAGUGGAAUACAGAGAAAUGUUUAUUCGACUGCAGCAUGAAAACAAGAUGCUUCUCUUGCAACAAGAAGGUUCAGAAAAUGAACGUAUUGUAGAACUCCAGGAACAGCUAGAGCAAAAGCAUCGGAUGCUGAAUGAACUGGAAACAGAAAAAAGGCUAAGCAAUGAGCGUAUUGGAGAGCUGCAGCAACAGAUUGAGGAUCUCCAAAAGACUUUGCAGGAGCAAGGAUCCAAGACAGAAGGAUCCAGCAAGCUGAAGCAGACGUUAGAAGCACAGAUGGAAAAACUGAAUGAAGUCCAUGAUGAGUUACAGAAAAAAGAGGCACUUUUUGCAGAGUUCCAGCCAGAUGCAAAUCAGAACUCUCAAAAGAUUGAUGAGCUGGAGGCAGCUUUGCAUAAAAAAGAUGAAGACAUGAAAGCAAUGGAAGAAAGAUAUAAAAUGUACCUGGAGAAAGCAAGAAAUGUGAUAAAAACCUUAGACCCCAAACUAAAUCCAGCAUCAGCAGAAAUUAUGUUGCUGAGAAAGCAGCUACUAGAGAGAGACAAAAAAAUUGAAGCACUGGAGAGUGAAUGUAAGAUUGCCAAGUUGCGUGAUUAUGAAGAAAAGCUAAUUGUAUCUGCAUGGUAUAACAAGAGCCUGGCUUUUCAGAAGCUCAGUAUGGAAUCCAGACUGAUGGGUAGCAGUACCUGCAAAGACCCUGGGUCAUGCCCUCCUGCACGCUCUUUCCUAGCACAGCAACGACAUGUCACCAACGCCAGACGGAGUCUCUCUAUUAAAGUACCUAAUGCAACAUCGGAUUAAACCGCAAAGGAAAUGUUUACACUAAAGUGUCCUUAAAAUAUUUUGUGGCUUCCAUUGUAACUACCUGACCGAGGAAGAGGUUGUGAUGCUGGGCUUCAGCUAUUUUAACAUCAAAACUUAUUGAAUACACAACAGUAAAUUAAUUUGGUGAAUGGUUUCUAAAAAUCAUCGGCACACGUAGUCUACUAAAAACUGUUGCGCCAGCAACCUUUUCUAAAAAACAGCACCUAGAUGGAAGUAGAUUUGAAUAACUGAAGUAUGUGUUUACAAGCACAGCUUUAAAGAUUUAUAUUUGUCUUCAUAGUAUAUUGUAUAUAAAUACAAAAAUUGGCAAUAUAUAUUAUAUUUAAUAUUUUUAGUCUGGAAUUGACUGAUUUUUUUUUUUUAACAGAACAGUAAUUUUUGGAAAACAUCAGAAAACUGAUAACAUUAGGUAUAUUUGCUGGAUCUUUAUAACAUAAAGAAAAAUCAGUCCUUUGGCUAGAAGAGUCCAUAGUUUUAAAAGGAUGCAUUUGUGAAUCAAGAGAAUUUUGGCAUUCCCAAACUGUUUAGUGACUUCAGGACUUAACUUUUAAGACAGAAGAUAUAUCACUAUCUCAGUCAAGAAGCAGAAAGUUUCAAUCUACUUAAAAUGGUAACUACUUAAUUUGUUUAAAUUUGUAUAUAUACUUCUUAAGGAAAACCUAUCUUUAACGUUCUGAAUUCACUAAAGCCAAAAAGUCUGUCUGUUUGAAUUAAUGUAGUAGUCAAUAAUGUUUUUUAAAAAAACAACACCUUUAAAAUGUAGUUGUAUUAUAUAAUUUUUAUUACAGUCUUUGGGAGGGGGGAAAUCCCUAAUAUUUAUUCAGUUCAGUUAAACAGCUGUGUGCAUAGAAAUCACUCUUUCUCAUUCCUCAGGUUUUUAUAUAUUUUCUUAACUACUGUGAACUAAUCACUUCAAGCAGACAGGCUAAUGGAGAGAUCUUUGCGCAUGGUUAGUAACAUAGAUUGGCAUGGAAAAGAUAAAGGUAGAAGACAUCCGGUAUUCCAGACCUCGGAAGAUGAACAUAGCUAGAUGGAUUGGUGUGAAAUUUAUCUGUAUCAUUAAAUUUAUUAAAUGUAAUUUGGGAUAUUGCAGAUUAUGUAUUUUAUGACUUCUAAACCAAACUUUGUACUGUGGGAUAAUUUAAGCAUUAUACCCAGGUGUAUAGACACUCUUUCCUUAAACCUGUUAGAUAAUUUUAACCAGUAGCUUAAAUAAAAAAUUUGUUUCACACCUAUCCAUACAACACUUCAGUUGACAUUUGUUUACAAAAUGGCUAUUUUCACAUCAACAACUUACAAAAAAGCACCUUUAAAAAAGAUUUUUGAAUUUUCCAUUAUCUUUAUAAACUGACUAGACCCAUUUGUUACAUCAAUAGUAAAAUAACACCGUGAAUAAAGUCACAGCAGAUUUAAAAGAAACCUAAUCUAGCAAACUAAGGUAAAGAUGUGAGGCUACCAUACCUAUAGUAUAGUAAACAUCAUAUGCUUGGAUUAAAAGAAUGUGUGUAUCUUUUCAGUAUUAAAGCCAUAUUAAUUUGAAAGCUGGACUCAAUUUUGCUUGCAAAAUUCAAAAUUAGGUCUUUUUGAGUUUGUAAUGAAAUAUGAAUUUUGAAUAGCUUUGCAUUUCAUUAGAUACUUCACAAGCCUCUAAAUAAGGCUUAUCAUUUGAUCUCUUGCUGCCCUAAGGUCCUGAUAAUUCUGGAACUGGACCUCCCGCAUGAUUCUACAGGAAAAGUCUGUCCACUCGUUCAGUUUGUGUUUCUUUAAAAAAGUGUUUUGCUCUCUACAGUAUUAUAAAUAUCGACAUUCAAUUUGAUUUCCUCCUAAAAUGUUUAUCAAUAGAGAAAGCUGAAAUCUAACCGUAUACUACACUUAUUUGUAAUAAAUAUUCUAAUUGAAUUGUUGUUGUUUUGUCUUUCAAGUUCUGUCCUGCAGAAUUGUGUGCUUCUGUUGAUGUCUCUUACUGAUGCAUUGAUAUUGCUGGAUUGUGUUUUUGUAUGUUUCUAAGCUUUGAUUGCCUACUAUUUGAUUGAAAUGGG